GGCUCGAAGACACGAAACUACUCCGGGGUGCACGGGAGAUCCUACCACAGCGCUUCUUUCCCACCAGGGCAACAAGAUGGACACUCGCACCUUGCUGCUCCUGGUUAUCCCUGGCGUCCGCAGCGGCGCUGGCGUCGUGCGCAGUCCAAGAUGGCGGCGAGGACAGCGAGGCAUAGCGUGCAAAAAAGGGGACUGCUGGACACCAUCGCCGAGGGAGCCAGGUCCCUGCGAGAUGGGGCUGCUGAGUUCUUCGAUCGCUCAUGGUCCGGCAUCAAGGCGGCCUUCAAAGACUUCAUGAACUGGCUGCGGGGAGCGCCAUCCACCGAUGAAGUGUUCCGUCCGGCCACUCCACCGGCGUCCGGAAAGUCGUACGACGACGAACCAGAAACCGGCUUCGGUUUCGAGCACCCGCACCACGGCGAGCCGUGUCCGGACUCGAGGGGACACCCAACCGCCGAGCCGACCACGCGGAGCAGCACGCAAACGGGCACGCUCUCGAAGUCGACGGGACCCGCCAGCACCACGACCGAGGAGGCGUCCUCGGAAGAGGAAUCCGAGACCACCGGCGGAGCCUCCGAGGCGUCGGUCACCCCACCCGCCUCUUCAGUGGUGACUACCACGCGAGCUCCCAGCCUAGCGACAACGACCAAAGCACCGACGAUGGCAGCAGAAACAGUCGGUCCGCGAGGCGCCGGAGGAGAUUUGGGGGCGCCUCCGAUAACCGAGACGGCAGCGCAGGGGAGCACGGACGCUCCACAAACGACGUCGGACACAGCUACUGGCGAGACAGUGAGCGUGUCGGCGACUCGCGACUACGCGGUUCCUACGGCCACGGAUAAGACGCCGGCGCCAUCCAUCGAUUCCACGAGCAGCCCAACGCUGCCUCCGGAAGACCCGUCGGAAAACGACAUCGAUGCCCAGCCGUCGUCCAAGGAACCACCGCCGUCGCGACGAAGGGGAAAUGAGCCCGGCUUCGUGAUCUCUGACGGUCGCUAAUUGAACACAUCCUUAAGAAUGUGUGCUCCCGUCCAGAAGACCCCUUGCGCUACGUAGUCGCCAGGUCAAAGGCUUUUUGGCAAGUCAACAUUGUUUUUUGCCUUCUUCAAGUACAGAACAGGCGACGGACGACUUUCACCUCUAGAAAGGCCGUCCUGAAGCGCAGCCGAGUACACGGAUCCUCGAGGGACUGUUAUGACUCUUGUAGACACCUAAAAUGUGCGUUGGCAGGCUCCAAGGCAAGAACAGGUGUCUUAAACGGUGCUUAUACCCGCAAAUCUUGAACUGCGCUCAAAUGCUUGCGGCAGCGUGUAUACCUAUCUUAAUAUGUCGCUAUCCGCUUAUGCAGAACGCAAGGGUCAAAAAGGGUGUCCUUACAGGCCCCUCGCCGAAAAUCGAGUUAGCCGCAUACGUCUCGCACGGUCAUGAAACACAGUGGGUCUCUCAGCAUCAUAGCAGCAAGUCAGCGGGCGUUACCGACUUGUGAAGCCAAGAAGGGCUGGAACAGGUAGCGCGGACGAUAGUUGGCAAGCAAGUGCACAUUUGAGGAAAAAGAGCCAUUACAGUGUGAGGAAAUGGUGGCCAAGGUACCCGUGGACAUGUAGUAGGUCGCUAACGCAAAGUUCGAGACAGCGUGUUCUGGACAUAUAUUAGAAGCACGCGGCGUGCGCGCGCACAUGCUUAUAUGAGCUCUUGCGUCAUGGCACGAAGUAACUAUGUUAUGCCAAAUCAGAACUAAAUGAGGCUGGUGGCCAUUUGAUAUGGAGGCACCGGCACGAAAAACUACACGUUAAACGACGACGUCUGAGUGUCAUUUCUUUGAGGUGUUUUCAUUUCUGCAUUCUAACAUGUAUCAAUGGUAUACACAAUCUUAUUGGUGGUACAGCUGUCGUAAUAGCAGUAUAUAGAUUACCUUUUAGCAAUAGUUUGCAGAAUACGGGUUGCGUCUUUAAAUAUGCAGGCUGGAAGGCUAUUUUAUUUACGUUUGCCGAGACACUGCAUGCAUCAAAAAUAAAGCGAACAGGCGAACGCAUAACAAAACAAGACAAAAACGUAGUGGUGUGUGCCAUGUAUAGUAGCAAAGCAUUACGAACAUCACCCAAAUUUGGUGUGUCGCUUCGAACCAGAGAAGGACAAUCGAGAUGGCGACUUCAACAGUGAAUCCCACGGCCAUCAGAAUCUAUCUGGAAGAGGAUGGUGUGUUGCUGUUGUGAAGGUGUUUCUGUGAAGAAAGGCCGGACAAAUUUGUGAGCUUAGAAGCAGCUAAAUAAAUUUGCGAUCGCUUGUGCAAUACAGAAAA